AGAGAGAAAAAAAAAACACAGAGAGAAACAUAAACAAUUUGAUUUCUCUUUCAAGGACCCGAAACUCAAGCAGAUGUUUCAGGGCUAAAACCAAAAAAGAAUCCUAAGACCAAUUUGUGUUCCCACCAUUGAUUUUGACAAUGUUGGGCUUUCAAGAUAAUCAUGAACAAAAGAAGAAGAAACCUUCAUCAUCAUCUUCAUCAUUGUCCUCAGCAUUAUCAUCAAAAUCAUUUUUCAGAGCUAGAGACGAUAGUCCAGAUUCAGUCAUUUUCACUCUUGAAUCAUCUAAUUUUAGUCUCUACUCUUCUCAUUCCGGUGGCAGUGUCGAACGUUCUUCGUUCACUUCUGCUGAUGGUUUUCAGUAUCAACGAGACAACAACAACAACAUUUCUCUUGGUUCUGAAGUCUCUAAGCAUUUGGUUGGACGUGAUCUUCAAGGGUAUUCAAGUGGUCCAGAUUUAAGAUCUACAGUUCAUAAGAGAUGUUAUCCUGUUAAAACAGGGGAAAAAGCUAAUAAAGAAAGCAAUAAGGAAGAAGUAGUAGCAGUAGAAGAAGAAGAAACAGAAGACACUUCUCAAAUUGUAUGUCCAACGAAAGCGUACAUCUCUCAAGCUAUCAGAGAAUGUCAGAAUCAGGGGAGUAAUACAACUGAGGGUUUUCGAUCGGCCAGGCAAUUGUCAGAUAGGCAAAGACCGACUUCUUUAGAUGUGAGUAAGUCUGGAAGCAAUGUUACUAGUCCUUCUCCACGUUUAACUUCAAUGAAGAAAGCGUCGCUUUCUUCUACUAAAUCAGGUAAUUUCCCAAGUCCCGGAACUCCAAAUUAUAGACCAGGGAAUACAAUGGUUCAAAAAGGGUGGAGUUCCGAAAGGGUUCCAUUGCCGGUGAAUGGCAAUAGAAAAACUGGGGGUGCGUCAUUGCUGCCGUUUAACAAUGGAAAGACUUUACCAUCAAAAUGGGAAGAUGCAGAGAAGUGGAUUUUUAGUCCAGUUGACAGUGUUACUAGAAAUUCAGCUCAACAGCCCCAGAGAAGGCCAAAGGCGAAGAGUGGACCUCUUGGAGCACCUGGUCUUGCCUAUUAUUCAAUGUAUUCACCUGCUGUUCAUAUGUUUGAUGGUCGGAGCAGUGCGAAUUUUAUGGCGGGUUCUCCAUUUUCAUCUGGAGCCAUGGUUGCUGAUGGUUUGCCUGAUAGAAGUCAUUUUGGUGGUGUUGGGGAUUGUGUUAGUGGGGGAGAAUCAUAUCAAGACCAUACGGAGCUGGUGCGUUCAGCUAGUGUACAUGGAUGGUCCUCAGAUCUUUUGAACAGGUCAUCAUUACCUGAAUCGCAAGCUGGAAAAGUUGAUGGUAACAAGGAUGCAGCGACCUUGGUAACUCGGGCUAUUUCAAGGAGAGACAUGGCAACCCAAAUGAGCCCUGAGGGUAGUGAGUGCUCUUCUCCUAAGGGGAGGUUUUCUUUCUCCCCAUCGCCUCCUCCCUCUUUCCUUCCCACUCUGGAGCUAAAGAGUCGCCUUACAUCUCAAUUAGAAGUCAGGGAUGUUCAGGUGGAUGACCGAGUUAUUAUGACAAGGUGGUCCAAGAAACACGGAACCAGAAGGCAAGAAAAUGAAUUGGCAAAUGUUGAAGAUUGGAAAAACAAAGCUGCUGAAUCUCGAGCUUCUGCUUGGGAGGCUGCAGAGACCACAACAUCCACAACAAAGUCCAAAAGCGAGGAAGCCAAAAUCACUGCAUGGGAGAAUUUACAGAAAGCAAAAGCUGAGGCAGCAAUACGUAAAUUAGAGAUGAAACUGGAGAAAAAGAGAUCAUCUUCGAUGGAUAAAAUUAUGAGCAAGCUAAAAUCAGCUCAAAAGAAAGCCCAAGUUAUGCGAAGUUCAGUUUCAGAUAACCAAUCUCACCAGGUUCCCAAAACUCCCAAUAAGUUGACAUCUUUCCGCAAGCGUGGACAAAUUGGCUCAUUGAGUGGUUGCUUCAAACUGUCUUAAAAAGUUCAGUUUCAGAUUACCAUCUUUCUAACUAUUAAUAUCAGAGGCGAAUUGCAAGCUCAGAGAUCAGUAAAAAGGAUGAUAUGGUUGCAGUUAAAACUUCAGAGUUCAAAGGUACUGUUGAAUUGAGUUUUGCUGCAGCAAAAUUUUUAGUAACUCUCCUUGAAGGAAAACCUGGGUCAGAUGAAACGUAAGUCCCCUGUUAAAAGCAAGGGAAUGGGAUCUUCCUGGUGGUUAAGGAGUUACAAUAAUGUAUUUAUCCUUGCGUGUAAGUAUGUGUUUACCUCUCGCAUUCCAGGAUGUAUUUUGACAGUGACAAUUGGGAGAACAUGUGAGUUUAAGUGUAAUGUGGGUUCAUAUGGGUGUAAUUUGGAUUUUUUUUUCCUCUAAUAUCAAGCACUUUAAAAGGAUGAAAGGCUUUUGACUGGGCCAAACUCUGUAUUUCAAAGUGCAAAUUAUGGAACCGGUAAGCAUUCUAAAUAAA